ACUUGUGAAGAGUCGCCACAAGUCAUCCCAGCAACACAGCACAAGGUAGCUGACCUCCCCUGUUUCAUACCAGACCUCGGAGAAUCAGGGAUCACAGUGACAUGGACCAAACAUUCAUCCAAACCUGAGGACACGAGGGUCUGGCCUGUCGAGUUGAAACGUGUAGUCUGGAAGCGGGGAGCAGACGGUGUCAGGUCUGGAAACGUGUCUUUGUAUCUUAAGGGAGUAAACAGGUCUGACGAAGGGACGUACAUAUGCAAGGUCAGCGAGGGAGACAACUGUCUUUGGAUGAAAAACAUUACUCUGAAGGUCAAAGACUGUGAAAUCCUAGAUCAUGUUGAGGUAGCACACAACCAAAAUGCUACCCUUCCAUGUUCAAACUUGGAAUCAGAAACGCUUCGUAUAUCAAAGGCGUCCUGGGGCGUCGUAAAAGAUAACUUGGAAACAGUAAUACUGCAAUACCCUCCUGAUAACUCCAGCACAACAUCUCUAGCAAAAAGGGCAAGGUUUUCAGGACUUCCUACUUCAGGAAAAACAUCCUUGGAUCUCUUGAAUGCGGAGUACACUGACAGUCAAUGGUACAGAUGUAAUCUGACAAUGGGACAAAACCAACGCUGCUUUGAUGUCAAGCUGGUGGUGACGAAACAGGAAUACAAUCCUGUGGUUUGGAUGUCUACCACAACUGAACCACCCUAUAUGACUGAAGAGACUCCUGCAGUCACAGAGGCCAGGAACAUUCAGAGUCCAGGGAGAGAUCCCGUAGCUAGGUUGAGCUACGCCGCGGCUGCUACCAUUGCUACGACCGUGUCUGUAAUGGUCAUAAUGGCCGUUUUACUGGGAGUGGCCAUUGGCCUGAGACGCUGCCGACACUCAGAUCCGACAGCAUCUCUCUCCAUGUCAGCUUCAGGGGAUUCACUGAGGCAUGUGUACGAAGAUGUGGAUAACUUAGCAAUGACCACAAAUGCGCUGUAUGCGUUUUCACUGUAUAACCAAAAUGAAAACUUUUAUUCUUUUAAAAGCCAGUGAAUGCAGUAAUCAUCUAUGAACCGUCCUGGUCUGCUUUCAUCUCCGAACCAAUCAUUACUUUUCUUCUUAGUCUUCAUAUAUGGCUGAAAUCUGUUCAGACAGUAAGAUUUUAUUGCUUCAUUUGGUUCCACUUGUAUUGCUAUUGCUCACACUAGGAUAAACCCAUGUGAAUAACCACCUCCCAGUUCGGUUUAGCAUCAUGUCUGUCUCAUGUAUUUCAGACAUCGUCUUUCUCACCUUCAGUGAGGGAUGGGAAAUCCACAGUUGUUAAACAGUUUUGUGGCUCAUCACACUGUCCCAAUAAUGUUUAAAUAUACUGUUUGUAUUUCUGUUAAGAACUUGUGCCUGGGUCAUUAAAAAUAAAA